UUAUGGUGUGUAACAUACACCUCCGGUUUUCCAGUAUAAAUCUUCAACCUUUGCAUGCUUCACCAACUCUUUAAAAUCAAAAUCCAAAUUUGAGAUCAUAGAUUAAAUGCAAUUCCAAUUUUCACUCUCCUAUUAUCAUUCCAAACCCUAACCAUAGGAUCAUCAAUCUAAUUUUAUUCUAUUUAUUCAGAGUUUCUUUUUCUGUUUUCUGAUUUCACUUUUCAGUGUUUCAGUGAGUGAUAGAAACCAUUGUUGAAAACGAUGAUAGAGAACGUGAAGGAUGAUGGAAGAGAGCUUGAAUUGUUGCUCAAUGAGAUCCCUCGGGUAACAUCAUCAUCAUCUGACGAUGAUUUUGUUAAUCCUUACCAAAGUCUUGAUCGUUAUGGUAAUCAUGAUAAUGAUUACGAUCACGAUCUUGUAUCAUCAUUUGUAAUGAAACAGAAUCAAGGAAACUAUGGUAAUGGUAAUGGUGUUAGGGGUUAUGAUGAAGAGGCAUUGAAAUCACCUGUAACUGUCAGUGGUUUUUCAAUGCAAUCUGAAAACGGUUCUUCUUCUAGCUUUUUUUCUGAUUAUGGAACACCAACACCACCUUUAAUGGAGGAUCCUAAAUCAACAACCACUGCAAUUGGAACUGGAGCCGCAGGAGCCGGAACCGGGACCUUCUAUAACCCUAAUAAUCCUGAUUUCAGCCACGGUACUGAUAGGUUUGUUGAUUUAUGUAGCAAUUUCAGUAGAAUGUACACUAGUAAUCAACAAGAUAACCCUAGUGUAGAUUAUAAUAGUCAUAGGAAUGGUUUUUUGGAUUCUGAUUCUGUGAGGUUUCAAUCCCAUCUCUUGAAUAACCCAAUCCGUCGCCGUGGAGCUGAAAUUAGUUCUGCAUUAACACUAGAUUACGGAGUGGCUAAUUCAUUUGGAUCGUCACAGUCUUGUUCAGCGCGACGCGAGCGCGGCACUAUAUACUCUCAUUUGAAUGGCUUUGGUAAUCCUGUGGAUUCUGCAUUAACACGAGAUCAUGGGGUGGCUAAUUCAUAUGGAUCAUCACAGUCUUGUUCAGAGCGACCCCAUCGCGACACUAUAUACUCUCAAUUGAAUGGCUUUGGUAGUUCAGUGGAUUCUGAUUCUGUGAGGUUUCAGCCCCCUUUCUUGAAUAACCCUAUUAGUCAUCGUCGAGCUGAAAUGAAUUCAGCAUUUGCUCAAGAUUACGGAGUAGCUAAUUCAUUUGGAUCAUCACAGUCUUAUUCAGGGCGAGAUUAUGGAGUAGCUAAUUCAUUUAGAUCAUCACAGUCUUAUUCAGGGCAAUGCGAGCGCGACACUAUGUACUCUCAAUUGAAUGACUUUGGUGCUUCAAGUUCAACGGGUUCCUCUUACCACAGAAGCCAGCAUUAUAGAGGAACCCUCGGACAUGAGACGGCUGCACCGUACUUUAGUAGAAGAAAUUCAGUUGUUCAUGCUCCACUUCAUUCACAGAACUAUGGAAUGAAUUACUCGCAAGAACCUGGAACUUCGAGAUUGCCUUUUCAUUCCCUUGGUACUGAUUUUAGGCCUAGUGCUAGAGUUGUGCUACCAUCAAAUGCUAGAAGAAUCCCACAAGGAAAUAUAGAUAUGAAUGCUGUUAGAAGGGAGGGGAGCUUCAUCUUACAGGGUGAUGAGGGAUUAAGUUAUGUUGGUGCUGGGAGUUCUGAUCGUUCGGAUCGAUGGUGUCAAAAUGCUGCACGUGAAUUUGGCUUUCCUAAGCAUCUAUAUAAGUCAGAAGUAGACAUUCAGCAUCCGGUUAUGGGAGCCUGUGAAACUCCUAGGAGUUCUAGGAUUGGUUCUCCAUUCACUCUGCCACCUAAUUAUAAUUCCCUGUCGGAAGCUCCAUUCACUUUGUCACCUAAUUAUAAUUCCCCAUCUCCAUUCACUUUGCCACCUAAUUAUAAUUCCCUGUCAGAAGCUCCAUUCACUUUGCCACCUGAUUAUAAUUCUCUAUCGGAAGCUCCAUUUGCUUUGCCACCUAAUUAUAAUUCUCUGUUGGAAGCUCGAGGGAGCAUAUAUUUAAUGACCCAGGAUCAAAAUGGCUGCAGGUACCUGCAAAGAAUGUUUGAAGAGGGGAGAAUAGAAGAUGUUCAAAUCAUAUUUGACGAGAUCAUUGGUCAUAUGGUUGAACUUAUGACGAGUCCUUUUGGAAAUUAUCUUAUACAAAAGUUGUUAGAUGUCUGUAGUGAAGAGCAAAGGAUGAAGAUCAUAAUCAUGGUGAUCCAGGAGCCGGGGCAGCUUGUGGAAAUCUCGUUAAAUGCUCACGGCACCCGUGUUGUUCAGAAGCUGAUUGAGACUCUCAAAACCGAGCAACAAACUUCAUUAGUUGUGUCGGCUCUUGAACCGGGAUCCCUGACCCUCAUAAAAGACCUUCACGGUAAUCACGUGGUUCAGCAUUGUUUGGAAUGCCUAAGCAAUGAAGAUAACAAGUUUAUCUAUGUUGCUGCUGUCAAGUAUUGCGUGGACAUUGCAACUCAUCAACAUGGAUGUUGUGUUCUACAAAAAUGCAUUCGUUAUUCAAGCGGGGAGCAUAGGGAAAUUCUUGCUGCAGAAAUAUUUGCUAAUGCUCUUUUGCUAGCUCAAGAUAAAUACGGAAAUUAUGUUGUUCAAUGCACCUUGGACUUAAAAAUUGCAUCUGCUGCCACAACUUUGACUCUGCAAUUUGAAGGUAGUUACGCACACAUGUCAAUGCAGAGGUACAGUAGUCAUGUGGUUGAAAAAUGUCUUGAAGUAUUCAAUGACGAGCAAAGGGCGGAAAUCAUUCAUGAACUGCUUUCUGAUCCUCACUUUGACCAAUUGCUUCAAGAUCCACAAGCAAAUUAUGUCAUUCAGAAGGCUCUUCGAUGUUCUGAGGGCCAUGUGUAUAAUUCUCUGGUUGAAACAAUUGAGUCCUACAAAACAAUUUGUCGAAAUAGCCCGUACUCGAAGAAGAUUUUCUCCCAGAAGCUUUUGAAGAAAUGAUGUACAUUGGCCCUUAGCAUUUAUCAUUAUAACUAUAUGCAUUGUAUGGUUAUUUAACUGUAAGUUGGGAUGCUAGUAACCAUACCGAUGAUCCGAAUCUAUUUAGAAUCACUUAUCCAUCUAUCUGCUCAGCAAAUUUUUGAAAAGAGAGACAUUGAGCAGACAGUUUUGCUCUCAUUUGAAUUAUGAAUGUACUAUUUUGUUGUCUUGUAUGAUUUCAAGUUGUUGGAUUUUAUCAUCCUGUUAAUUAUGAUUAUCUCGCUGGCUGAGAAUGUGUACUGUGUAACUUGCUGUUAUUGUAAAAACAAUUUCUCAUUAUAUCAUGUUUCGAUAUUCUGUGCA